UUCUGCUGCUGCCAUGAGAGUACUGGGGGUUGGAUGAAUGAAAUUUCCAAUUAUGAUCCUGAAACCUACCAUGCUACACUGACCCAUUCUGUCUUCAUUCGCCUUGAGGGGACUGUACUAAGGCUUUCAAAACCGAAUAAAAAUAUUUCUCGAAGGGCUUCUUUCAAUGAGGCCAAGACAAUAGCCACGUACAUUAGUCAGAAGAUUUAUGACUUAGCAGACAGUAGGGUGCAUUUAGUUCCAAAGGAUCUGGCUAGGAAAAGAGUAUGGAAUAAGAAGUACCCUAUUUGCAUUGAUCUUGCCAGACAAGAUGACUUUAUGUCAAAGACGCAGGCAGAGAAGGCAAAUAUGGAGGAAAAGCUGCCUGCUGAUAAAAUUGAAACUGCACUUGAGGAACCAAUGAAAUCUUCUGUGUCACAAGAUUCUGCAAAGCCAAUUUGCCAAAAGGACCAAGUUUUAUAUCUUUUUGGAAGGACUGGUAGAGAAAAAGAAGAAUGGUUCAGGAGGUUCAUUUCAGCCUCAAAAUUGAAAGUUGAUGCUAAGCGACCAGCCAGUCUAGGAGGUGGUGGCAUACCAGGUUUUGUGCCAUCACACAGUAGGAACAAUAGCCAUUCAGGAAUGUUGACUCAUAGUCGCAAUAGUAGUAAAGGAAGUAUUGAAGAAAUCAUGUCACAGUCAAGACAGAAAGAUCUCAUGUCUAGUGUACGCCAGAAAAUGCUUCUGGACUAUACUUUGUAUAUGGGAAAGUACAUUCCUGAAGACCCCUCUAGUCCCAAUGUAAGUCCUGUCCACAGUGCAGAAAAUAGUCCUACAGUGAACAAUAAGUUGCCAAGCAGCCAAAUUGAGAACUCGGAACAACAAGUGGCUUGGGUCAAUGCACUGGUUGGAAGAGUCUUCUGGGACUUCUUGGGUGAAAAGUAUUGGUCAAACUUAGUGUCUCGAAAAAUCCAGAUGAAACUCAGCAAGAUUAGGCUACCUUACUUUAUGAAUGAACUGACAUUGACAGAACUUGAUAUGGGAGCUGCUAUGCCGAAAAUAUGUCAAGCUUCAAAGCCUUCAGUUAAUCAUCAAGGACUGUGGAUUGAUUUGGAGAUUUCUUACAAUGGAUCUUUUCUGAUGACUUUGGAAACUAAAAUGAACCUAACCAAACUGGGCAAGGAGCCACUGGGGGAAGGAUACAAAGUUGGCGAUGUUGGCAAGGAAGGGAGUAGACCAAAAGCCAAUUGUCUUGCUGAUAGUGAUGAGGAGUCUUCAAGUGCUGGCUCUUCAGAUGAAGAAGAAGCACAAGAUGUACUGGGAGGCGACAAGGCACCAGCAGCAGUGGCAGAAGGAUAUAUGGGAGGACAUCGACCAAGCAAGAUAAUGAGACUUGUGGAUAAAAUUACAAAGUCAAAGUAUUUCCAGAAAGCCACAGAAACAGAAUUUAUUAAGAAGAAAAUUGAAGAGGUUUCAAAUACACCGUUACUGUUAACAGUAGAGGUUCAGGAGUGCAAAGGAACAUUGGCUGUGAACAUUCCAUCACCACCUACUGACAGAAUAUGGUAUGGUUUCCGUACGCCACCACACUUAGAGUUAAAAGCUCGUCCCAAAUUGGGUGAGCGUGAAGUUACUAUUGCACAUGUAACUGACUGGAUUGAAAAGAAACUGGAACAAGAGUUCCAGAAAAUUUUUGUUAUGCCAAAUAUGGAUGAUGUGUAUGUUCCAAUCAUGCAUUCAGCCAUGGAUCCACGUUCAUCCACAGUGUGGCCUUCAAGGGAGACACCAACAGAAGUUGCUGAGCGACUGUGAUGUAUGAAAGUUUUAUGUUUACAGUAUUAUGAAGCCGCUGUUCAUGUGCUUUCAGCUAUAUCAUCUGUCUUUUGGAUCAUUCGUGCCACUAUCCUUUCCCGGAAAACUUGCAGUUUGUUGUACUCAGUAUGUGCAGUUCGCUGAGUGUACGUUUCUCUUUCUGUGCAUUGUUAACGGCUAAUAUUGUUCCAACGAUUUAUCAUAUUGGCCAUUCCAAGAAAAUAAAAGCCCAGAGAGAUAUAUAUAUAUCAAGAGAGAGAGAGAGACUAUAUGUAAUUGUAUUUAUAAAUGAUUUGUUUGUCCUGAAAUGCUUCAGUUUAGACAGGUUCUCAUAACCCUAAGAAAUGAUUUCCAGAUACAUGUCCUUGUAUAGUUGCCUGAGACAGCCUCCAUGAAAGUGCAGAAUUGAUGCAUGAUUGCCUUUUGGGUACAGUAUAACACAUCACUAAAAUGACAGAGCUGGUCAAUGAUUGCUAAUUUUUUGUAAGUUACUCUUGGAAUACUUACACUCAUUGCUUUGUGGCGAUUCAUCAUGAAGUGUAUUUGCAACUGCAUCCACUUUUUAUUGACAAAUGGAUUCUGCGGACAGUCUGCACAUAAGUCUGGCAAAUUUGCGUCUGCAAGCAAGAUCAAUAUUGUCCCCUUCAGACCUGGAUGGUAAUUUAUAAAUUAUACAGUACAUUACUUUACUUUAUACAUUUUUUUUUUUACUGAGCAUUAUUUUCACAUUAUAAAUUGAUGCAUCACCUUUGCCCAGUUCAGGAGCAAUUCAACUGCACAUUCUUUUUUUCAACUGACAUCUCUCUUUAUUAGUUCAUGUAAUCAAACAGUAGACAACCAGCUCCUGAAAUUAUCCACUUUUGUGUGGUAAGUCUGCACAGGAGAGAGAAAUGAUAGGACUAUGUGACAACCACUGUGAUAAAUAAUAUAAAAUUAUAUAUUUUCAAGUUUUACAUUUAUGGUUUAUAUAAAGUAUUGCAGUUCCUUAACAUGUUAUAGUGUGCAGAGAAGUACUGAAGUCCACUGCAGACGAAGUUUCUGUAAACUGGUAAUGAUAUCACAAAUUUAAUCCUCAGCUGAUAGUUAAGAGUGCUCUAAAUAAUAAUACAUGGGUAUAUUUAAAAGCUAGUUACUUCGUUCUGGUAAGGUUUUUUUUCCUCCUUCUUCAUCAUUCUAGUGCAUGGUAGAAUCACCUCAACAUUGACAAGUCCCACCUAAAUGUAAAUUGAUCCAGAAUUUUUCUGGAUCAGCAUAAAUAAUAUCAGAUCAUUUAUUCAAAUUUUUGUGAAAUUAAUUUAAAGAAAGAGAAAAUCACAAACACUUUUAUAGGAUUGUUAGUGCUUGUAAAAUAUUUUUGUCACUGGAAGCUGGUCAUAUUUAGCAGUUGGCCAAUCACAGCUAUAACCAAUCACAAUGGAUCUACUGUUUAUUCUUAAAAGUGGUAGUGUAAGAAAGAAUGUGUUUGCAGAAUAUGAGCAAAUGAAGGAAGGGUCUUGCUGUCUCUAAUGGAGAAGGCCAUCUCCUUUCAAAUUCUCUUAAAACUUUUAUGGGUUGUCAUUAAAAGCAUUAACAAUGUUUUAAAAUUGCUGGAAAAACUUUUAAAAUUGUGGUGAGGAAUCCUGGUGGUGUUUAUCUGAAUGAACGAAGGGGAAGCUAUAAAAAUGCUGCAGAAGGCAAUCUGUCAUGUAAACUAACUCAAAAUGCCAGUUUUAUUUUAAAACCAGAUUUUGCUUAGUUUCCCUAUAGUGGGGAAAUUGUGUUCAUCCCGAGCCUUUGUUUUAUAUGCAACAUUUCUACAUAAGGUCCAGAAAGUUUAAUGUUACUUGUGCUUCAGUGCCACUGUGCCCAUGGUUAUUAUAAUUUGUCUUGGCUGUACUGUAUGUUUUAUCCAUGUAUUUCUUGAGCCAUAAUUUUCCCUACAGAUGUUCAAAUUGUAUAAAUUGCCAUUCAUGACUUGAAUUACAAAUAGAUAAUUGAAGUCUGUACAAUGUGAAGGAUUUGACAAAUCGUCGUUCAAGAUGAAGUUUCUUUGAGAAAGUUGACCAUUUGCAGAAUGUUAAUUAAAGCUAAGUAAUAUAUUUUAAGAUGUGUAUAAAGUUGUAUUUUUAAUUUUAUAUGUAUUUGUUUUAAUCUAGCCCUGUAGGUACGACAUUGUAUUUUGUUUCAAUUUAAUACUAAGGAUGCAAUAGCCACAACACAAAUUGACUGCAUUCCAGUCUUAAUCCACAUUCUUGCUUUCUUCUAGUCACCUUUUGUGGGCAAUAUUUGCCUGCCAAAAAAAAAAUUUGCAUGUCUUGUUGUAGUCGGGCCAUUUGUGUGACCUGAAUAAGUGUGCAAUAACAAAUUAUGAGUCCAUGGACUAAAUGCACUAUACAUAAUCAGAAUUAAAUGAAGAUUCUUAUAAAUUGUCAUAUUGUACUUCACAUAAUCAAAUUAACAUUGUGAAGGACUGGCUUGCUAUGUUUUAUUUAAUAAAUUCUUCAGUCUAGUAA